AUGAGCAACAUCAGUGAUGACGACGACCGCGUGCUCGGGAUAGCAACGCAAGAUUCCGUUGCCGCCUUGGCCACCGCACACCCGAGCGGUGAGGAAGACAAGGAAGCUGGAGAAGAAGAGGACAUGUACCUGGACUUGGGACCGCCUAGCGACAAGGACAGCAAUGGUGAUGAGGCUGGUGAUGGUGGUGGCGAAGGUGGGAGCCAGUGUAAUAGAGCAGACGAUGUCGACAAGGAUAACAGCGAGGUGACACAACUUUCAGACGAGACGCUUAUUGCCAUUACAAGCAAGAUGGAGGCGAAGGCAUUGGGAGGGGAGUUGUACAAGCGCUGGAAAAAGUUACAGAGGCGGGACAGGAAGAAGGAGCGGCAUCGCCAUGAUAGCAAAAGGAAAAAAAAGAGCAAGCGAGAUGAUAAGAAAAGUAAAGGUAAAACGAGCGACAGAAAGAGACGCCGUCGAGCCGACGAUGAUGAGGAAAGCCACCAUGAUGUGGACCCGGGGAAUGACGAUUCGGAUGAGGAUGCCUAUUAUAAUUACCACGAAGAAGGUGAAAAGGUUGCCCGUAAAAAGAAAGGAAAACGCACUCGUCGUGAGAAGCCCAUUGCCCUCGGGGAUGAAGAUUUGGGUGCAGCGCCGUUUGCUGACCUGGAUGAGGUGCUUCAGGUGGAAGAGGCUGCAGCAAAGCAUUCCGGCAGACAUGGGGUUAAGGGCGUGCAGACGGAACCGAAACCGAAGAAGCUCUCGGAGGAGGCACAACGUGGGAUGUUUCGAAACAUUGCCGCAAAUGUUGUCAAUGUAAUGCGAGAAGCACGACUGAAGGAUGAAGUGGAUAUGAAUGAGCGGCGCCCUCCGUUGCAUCGAGUGGCUAUCCGUGAAUAUGUCAUCUCACAGUGUCGUCGCAAGGCGUUGCGUUCAUUUCUCAUUGUGGAGGGUAUUUUGCAGGAGCUGAGUACGUGGUUGUAUGAUUUUGUUCGUAACGAGCUGGCCGCUUUUGAGUUGCGUUCUGACGCACUUGAUAUACUUUUGCAGUUUCCCAUCGACGGUGAGCUGGACGCUGGGGUAGCACGGAACGGGGAUGAGGUUUUGGACGCCUUCACAGGUAUUACGCGCGAACAACUUAUUCACACCGACCUUGGCAGUGCCGUCAAUGCCCUUCGGCAGUCAAAGCAGGAAGUGCACCAGAACCGCGCCAAGGCGGUUCGGCUGCUCGAGAGGUUGAGUCGGGCUAUGGCUGGCGGUGUCCGAAGUGCACGUCGCGGUAGUGCUGAUGCUGAUGGCACCCGUGGGUCGCAUGCAGGUGGUGGUCUCUCUGGCAGUGUGACCUGGAAGUGCAAAGAUGAUCCGACAGUGGCGCCACCGUUUCACACGGUAAGGACAGGAACAGAGGUAUUUCAAAGCGCCCUUGCACGGCCUGAUCCUCUCGAUCCCUUGUCGUACUUGCGCCUGCCACCGCGACGGGCACCAAAGGCAUAUGUGACGAACUUGGGGGGCAAUGUUGGUGCAGGGGAAUAG